CCGCCCCGGGGGCGGUGGCAGCAGCGCGGCCGCCCCUCGCCCUGCGCCGGGCGGGGAGCGCUGCGUCCUGCCGCCGCGACGUGCUCCGCCGGGCCGGGCCGGGCCGCGGUGAGUCCCCCCGGGGCGACCCUCACGCUUCAUGUGCCUGGCCAGAGCCUUGCUGCCUCGCAGGGGACCACUGACCCCAACGGGCUCCGAGCAUCUGCAAACCUGCCUGUGCAGAGCCAAGUUGAGUGUCAGAGCCUGAGAAAGUGGUGAGGAAAUGGAGAUAGAGGUUAAACAGUGACUUCAAACCUCUGUCAACAAGUUGGUGGCAGAACUGGGAAUAAAAACCUGAUUAUUCCCCAUCCUACUGUUAACUCUGCUCACGAGCAAACUAGUCUUGAAAAAUGGCACCAAGUACUCAGAGAGAGGCAGGAGUAUGGAGACAAACCAGAGCUCUUUUAUUCAAGAACUGUCUUGUUAAGUGUAGGACUAAAAAAAGUAGUGUUCAGGAAAUCCUUUUCCCACUCUUUUUCUUAUUUUGGCUAAUACUCAUGAGCAUGAUGCAUCCACAUAAGAAAUACGGCGAGGUACCUGACACCCAUCUUGGUACUCUAGAUACCUCCUUGCUGGUGAAUUUUGUCAUUGGAUACACGCCACCAACCAGCAUGACAAGAGAAAUCAUGAAGAAAGUGGCUUUCGAUAACUUUGAAGAUGGCAUAAUCACAGAAGAAUAUUUAAGUGAAGAAGAACUGCAAGAGGCUAGUGCUUUUAAACCCUCAAACUUUGUGGGUGUAGUAUUCAAUGACGAUAUGUCCUACCAGCUUAGGUUUCCUGACUCUGUUACCAUGUCUUCUGUUUAUGUGGAAUCAAGAGCUAGUUGCUCCAGCUUGGUGAAAGGAUGUGAAUCUGUAACAUACUGGCACUCAGGAUUUAUAGCUCUGCAAGCCUGCAUCGAUGCAGCAAUUAUACAGCUGAAGACUAAUCAGUCAGUUUGGGAACAACUUGAAUUAACAAGAGCUGUCAUUAUGGGAGAGGCUGAAGUGAUGGAAAUUGACAGUUUUCCUCGUGCAAUCAUUUUAAUUUACCUAGUAAUUGCUUUUUCACCAUUUGGGUAUUAUUUGGCAAUUCAUAUUGUGGCAGAAAAGGAGAGGAAGUUGAAGGAAUUCUUAAAAAUAUUGGGACUUCAUGACACUGCCUUUUGGCUUUCUUGGGUGCUGCUCUACACAAGUUUGAUUUUCGUCAUGGCCAUUCUUAUGGCGGUCAUUGCAACAUCCUCUUCGCUCUUUCCCCAGAGCAGUGCCUUUGUGAUAUUUCUUCUUUUUUUUCUAUAUGGAAUCUCUUCGGUUUUCUUUGCACUUAUGCUGACGCCUCUAUUUAAAAAGUCAAAAAAUGUGGGUAUAGUUGAAUUCUUGGCGACGCUGGUUUUUGGUUUUGUGGGUCUUAGUAUUGUUCUGGUGGAAGAUUUCCCAAAGUCGUCUGUGUGGAUUCUGAGUCCAUUGUGUCAGUGCACCUUCUUGAUUGGCAUCGCAGAGGUCAUGCAUCUAGAAGAUUACGAAGAUGGUGCAACAUUUUCGAAUCUAAAUCAUGGUCCUUACCCACUCUUUCUCUCUCUUAUUUUAUUGGUGCUGGAUAGCAUAUUUUAUCUGCUUGUAGCCAUCUACCUUGAUCAGGUUAUUCCAGGGGAGUUUGGACUACGCCGAACAUCAUUUUUCUUCAUGAAGCCCUCAUUUUGGUCAAAGCACAGAAAAAAUUACAAGGAACUGUAUGAGAGCAGCAUCAAUGGCAGUUUAAGUUUCAGUGAGAUGGUUGAACCUGUGCCUUCUGAAUUUCAGGGAAAGGAAGCCAUCAGAAUCAGCUGUGUUUCGAAAACAUUCAGGAAAAAGGGGGAAACUGUGGAGGCUCUCAGAAAUUUAUCCUUUGACAUCUAUGAAGGCCAGAUUACAGCUCUGCUUGGCCACAGCGGGACAGGAAAAACAACGCUGAUGAACAUCCUUUGUGGGCUUUGUCCACCGACGGAUGGGUUCGUCUCUGUCUACGGACACAAAGUCUCUGAAAUUGAUGAAAUGCUUGAAGUGCGAAGAAUAGCGGGUGUGUGCCCUCAGUUAGAUAUACACUUUGAUAUAUUAACUGUGGAAGAGAAUCUAUCCAUAUUUGCUGCAAUUAAAGGAAUACCUCAAAAUGAUUUGAUACAAGAGGUGCAGAAAGUGUUGUUAGAUUUGGAUAUGCAGCCUAUCAGAGACAAUCAAGCUAAGAAAUUAAGUGGAGGGCAGAAAAGGAAGCUAUCAGUAGGAGUUGCUAUUCUUGGGAAUCCAAAGGUUUUACUGCUGGAUGAACCAACUGCAGGUAUGGAUCCAUGUUCACGACACGUCGUCUGGAAUCUCCUGAAAAACAGAAAAGCGGGUCGUGUGACAGUUUUCAGUACUCAUUUCAUGGAUGAGGCAGAUAUUCUUGCUGAUCGUAAAGCUGUGAUUUCUCAAGGGAUGUUAAAAUGCCUUGGAUCUUCUCUCUUUCUCAAAAGCAAAUGGGGAAUUGGCUACCGUUUGAGUAUGCACAUAGAUGCGUAUUGCAACACUGAAGCAACAACAUCAUUGAUAAGACAGCAUAUACCUGCAGCCAGCCUGAUACAAGAGAAUGAUCAGCAGCUUGUGUACACCUUGCCGCUCAAAGACAUGGACAAGUUUGCAGGCUUAUUUUCUGAUCUUGACACUCAUUCACAUUUGGGUGUUAUUACUUACGGUGUUUCCAUGACAACGUUGGAGGAUGUAUAUCUGAAGCUGGAAGUUGAAGCAGAGAUUGAUCAAGCAGAUUAUAGUGUGUUUAAUUCCCAGCAAGUACAGGAAGAAGUGGAUACAAAAUCAGUUGAUGAUAUGGAGCAGAGCCUCCUGGUGUUCUCUGAGACAAAAUCACCUGCAAUGAGCAAUACAGCUCUUUGGAAGAAGCAGGUUUCUACUAUUGCAAAAGUUCACUUCCUUAGUCUAAGACGGGAAAGUAAAUCUGUGAGAGUUAUGUUAUUGCUUUUUCUGAUUUUUCUUUUAGUUCAGAUUAUUUUGUUUCUUGUACACCACUACUUCAAAAAUUCUGUAGCUCCUAUCAAACUUUCCCCAGAUUUGUACUUGCUGAAGCCUGGAGAGGAAUAUCACAAGUACAGAACUCGUCUCCUCUUGCAGAACUCCACAGAAUCGGAUAUCGAUGACAUUGUCAACUCUCUUGGCAGCCUGAACAUAUUAUCAGAGAUGGUCAAUGACAGUAAUUACAUUUCAGCUGCACCGCACAGUGCAGCUUUAAAUGUUUUUGAAUCAGGAAAGUACUACCUUUUCACAGUCGUAUUCAACAGUACCAUGGUGCAUUCUCUGCCAGUUUUGAUCAAUAUUGUUAGCAAUCUGCUUCUUCGCAAUUUGAACGUGAGUGAGAGUAUUCAAAUCUGGAGCAACCCCUUCAUUCAGGAUGCUCCUGACACAGUUUUCAAGCUAGAGCUCUAUUUUCAAUCUGUUUUACUAGGAAUCAUUGUUACUGGAAUGCCACCGUAUUUUGCCAUGGAGAAUGCAGAAAACCAUAAGAUCAAAGCAUACACACAACUUAAGAUAGCGGGUCUUUAUCCAUCUGCUUACUGGACAGGACAAGCAGUUGUUGACUUCCCACUGUUUUUCUCCGUUCUUGUCCUGAUGAUAGGCAGCCUGCUUGCAUUUCACUAUGGUAUUUGUUUCUAUGUUGGCAAGCUCCUUGCUGUGAUAUUUUGUCUGAUUGGCUAUGUCCCAUCAGUAGUGCUGUUCACUUAUGUGGUCUCCUUCACAUUUAAAAAAGUGCAAAAUACAAAAGAAUUUUGGUCCUUUAUAUUUUCAGUGACAGCCUUGGUCUGUACUGUUGUCACUGAAGUGGCCUUUUUUAUGGGAUAUUACCUUGCAACCAGCAUCCUGCACUAUGUCUUCUCUGUCUUCACUCCUAUCUAUCCCCUUAUUGGCUGUCUGAUUUGUUUUGUAAAGGUCUCGUGGAAAGACCAGCAGAAGAAUGAAGGAUUCUACAACCCGUGGGACAGGCUCUUGGUAGCAGUUAUAGCUCCCUAUUUGCAGUGUAUAAUGUGGCUCUUCCUGUUGCGAUGUCUUGAGGUGAAGAAUGGAGGUAAAACAAUUAGAGAGGAUCCAUUCUUCAGAAAGUAUUUUACAAAAGCCAAAACGUGGAAAUGCCCAGAUGUCCCACAUGAUGAGAAUGAAGAUGAAGAUGUGAAGGCAGAGAGACUGCGAGUCAAAGAACUGUUAAGCAGCCAGAACUGCGAAGAGAUACCAGCAAUUCUGGUCAGUGGCUUGCAUAAAGAAUAUGAUGAAAGAAAGGAAUUUCUUCUUGGGAGAAGAAUAAAGAAAGUGGCAACAAAACAUGUUUCUCUCUGCGUAAAAAAAGGAGAGAUACUGGGACUGUUAGGACCAAAUGGAGCUGGGAAAAGCACACUGAUCAAUAUGCUCAUUGGAGACAUUGAGCCGACUGGUGGGCAGGUUCUGAUGGGUUCUGAUUCUUUUGGACUGAAUAGUGAAGAUGAUUCAGUUAAAUUUGUAGGGUACUGCCCUCAAACAAAUCCUCUUUGGCCAGAUAUUACAUUGGAGGAACAUUUUGAAAUUUAUGGCUCUAUCAAAGGAAUGAGUCAGACUGAUGUAAAGGAAGUCUUAAAACGCAUUGCAAGUGCCCUGGACUUAAAAGACCACCUGCAGAAAACAACAAAGAAGCUAGGAAUAGGAUUGAAACGCAAGUUGUGCUUUGCAUUGAGUAUGCUGGGUAACCCUCAGAUUACAUUGUUAGAUGAGCCAUCUACUGGAAUGGAUCCAAAAGCCAAACAGCACAUGUGGCGGGCAAUUCGAGCAGCAUUUAAAAAUAAAGAGAGAGCAGCUAUUUUGACCACUCACUAUAUGGAAGAGGCUGAUGCUGUGUGUGAUCGAGUGGCCAUUCUGGUGUCUGGGCAGCUCAGAUGUAUAGGUACCGUUCAACAUCUGAAAAGUAAAUUUGGCAGAGGAUACUUUUUGGAAAUGAAAUUAAAAGAAACAGCAGAUGUACAACAGCUGGAGUAUCUUCAGAGACGGAUUUUGAACAUCUUCCCAAAUGCAAAUCGUCAAGAAAGUUUUGCCUCUGUUUUGGCGUAUAAAAUUCCUAAAGAAGAUGUACAAUCACUUUCACAUUCUUUUUCGAAGCUGGAAGAAGUAAAACAUACCUUUAAUGUUGAGGAGUACAGCUUUUCUCAGGCAACCCUGGAACAGGUUUUUGUGGAACUUGCUAAAGAACAAGAGGAGGAAGAUAGCAGCUUUGGCACAUUUAACAGCACGCUUUGGUGGGAAAGAACACAGGAAGAUAGAGUUGUUUUUUGAACUCAAAGAUUCAGUAGACAUGCUCCACAGUUCAUGUUUUGUACAGCUGCUAAUCCUUUGUACUACGUGUUGAGCACUAGAAGAGGUGUCAGGUGCGUGAAAAACAUCAUAGUGAGGAAGGAAAAAGAAAAUACUUGGAAAAAAUGGAGCACAUUCCACCUUCCUGAUCAUAUGAAUAAUGCUUGCUGAAUAAUGAUUGAAUGAAUAAUUCCCUCAUUAAUUUGUCAGUUCAGAAAUUCCUUCUCUGCUCACUGUUUUCUAGUUCACUGUGAGUGAGGAGUGAGAAGAAACUGUCAAGACAGUCUCUCACCUCUUGGUCUUGGUCAGUCUGCUCCGCUCUUACGGCCAUGCCCACCUCACAUUUGUCCCUCCGUUCAUGCUCACCACUUGCUAUGCAGAGAGCUCAUUUAAACGCUGAAGUGAUGCUGAUCAGCUCUCCUGGCUUAGGAGUUAUUUGGUGUUAGUGCUAUGUGUGAGGUUAAGCACGCCUUGCAGAAAAUAAUUCAUUUUGGCAAAAACAGUAACCUGGCAUAGAUGCUGCUCCCGUGGGUCCAGUUGUUGUUUCUGCGUGGCUGUCUUUACCUUGUGCCAUCUGUGGGCAUUGCUGUUGCACAUAGACAUGCCAGUCGUAGGUGUGUACCCAAGAGCACAGCUUUCUUUCACUGCCACCUGCUUAGAAGAGGUCCUCCUGUCUGAGGGGAAAAAUUGCUCCAAAGUAUUGUAUUCACUGUGAAUAGGGUCCUAAAUUACACAAUGAGCUUAGCUUGGUAUCCAGCUGAUGUAUAAAUGUUCAUUUACAGAUACAAUGUGGCACUUGCCAACAGUAUAUUCCUUUCUAUUGCAAAUUGGCAGAUCUGACUAAAUCAUGCUGCCAUUCUAGGUGGCAUUAAUGUUUAUAAUGCGUGCACUGUGGGGUUAAAUGGGGUAUACAGUAACGGAUGCUUUUUUCCCCCAUUUAGUAAAAGUACAAAGACAUAAUAACCAUGUAGUUACAAUAUUUGCAGAAAUGUUGGUAUUUCUAGCCUUUGUCAAUGCAGUCUAAUUCUUUUCUUGGGUGUAAUCACAUUUAUUCUGACAGCUGUUUUUAGACACAAUCCGUUUUAGAUGUUUUCAUUGUUCUUAACAACAGAUUCGUAAGCACAUGCAACAAUAUUUUAUAAUCCAUCUUUGUUGUGAUAGAAGUAAGUGAUGCAGUAGUGUGCUCGGCACAUGAAUGUUUGCUUCUUUCUGGCAUGGUAGUUUCUCAUUCAGCUUCGUAAACCCGAAAGCGUAAGAUCCAAAUGCACAACCUCAUCAGUAAGUAUGGUGCCUUUAGUUUACAGUAGGAGGACUAAGAGGAGUGGAAUAUGUGAUCCUUUAUUCUCAGAUGUGACAGAUGUAUGUUUAAGAUGCAUUAUUUUUGUUUUUCUACACAAAGCUAUCAUUGCUAAUUUAGUUUUAUAAGGUGAAAUUAAAGAUUGUUAAUAGUUCAUUGUGUUCUGCAAUGAACACAUUUAGUGAUGCAUUUAUAUCAAAACAUUGGCUUCAUAAGUCAUAUCAAUUCUGUAUGCUCACACUAAAGUUAGUAAAUACCCUUGUUUUUCUUGUCAAAACUCAGAAAACUAUGGCUUAAGGCAAAGUUUUGUUUCCCAACUAUCUAUAAUAACCAGAUGAAAAUGUAUGUAAUAUUUAUGGCAAUGAUUUAUUAUAAUGUUGAGAGCCCAAAUCUGUUUUCAUCCAUAUCCGUAGAAACCUUGUUAUUUAAUUCAGUAUGGGAAGACAUGAACCCUAUGUGUACAAAUUUUCCCUCCUCCUUUGUACCCUUAGAAUUGCAUAUAACAUUUUGUAGUUAAAUUUGAGCCCAAGAGUUGCACAAACAUCUGGAUGUCCCGUGUGCCUCCUGACUAUGGUUUGCUUCCGAAGGGGAAGGUGCCCAUUCCCGUAGGAGAGUGGACAAUCGAUCUGAUAAGCCCUGUGCAAUGGUACUUGCAUAUGCCCAGUUCUGGGGUGCUGCAAAUGAAAUAGUGGUAAUGAACUGAUUUAAAGCACUAGUGUGUAAACUGCAGCUCCAGUAGCAAUCUUUCGCAGGCUUCCCUGAAAGCUUUCCUGUCAGAAAGGAAAAAUGACCCAAAUUCAGCCCUUUCGUUUAUGCAGUCCUGUUGCUCUCUCUUAUUUAGCACCUAAGAAUCCACCAGCCAAUUGCUCCCAUCUACAUCCCUGCAGCUGGCCAGUAUUUCUGAAUGUUUUCCUGUAUUUGUAAUAAAGGUGAGACUGAGAAUUUUGUCUCGUGAUACUUUCCCGUGAAUAUACACACAAGAUAAAUGUUUUCUCCAAAUCACGUUACACUUCUUCAUUUCAUCUUUGUAAAUUGUAUUAAAACUGCUUUAGCUGUGUCAUCUGUACAUCUGUCUAGCGGUGUACAGCAUACUCUUCACAUAAAGUUACAAAAGUACAAUUCUGACUUGUUAUCCUUGACAUCUUUCCUCAAUUUUAUUCUCUUUCGUUUACAGCCAUAGUUAAUAGGCUGUAAAGCAAUUCUUACUCUAUACCAUAGUAUUCGUUCGGAUAACAUCACCAAAACUUUUCUAGUAGGUGUCUUAUUUUAAUAUUUUUAAUAGACCACAUGAAAACUUUGUUAGCAUCUAGAUUUUCUCAGCUUGGUAUUUUUCUUGUUUAUACUGGCAUAACCCAGUUGAUGGUGGGUUCAUACUACAGCUGCUUGCACAUAGAGUUGGGCUCAUUAAAUUAACUGCAUAUUUGGGUAGGAUCUUCUGUUUUAUAUGGCAAUACCACAUUUCAAUGUGGUAUAAAAUACCACCCCAAAACUUCGCCAAAGUCUUGUUGUACUGUAAUCAAGAGUCUUCCAAAGUGUCAUGCAAUGUCUAUAAUUGCAAGAAUAAGGAAAAAUGGAUGCAAAAUCAAACAACAGAAUAACCUGAAAACCCAAGAGUGCGUUAUUCCUCAAGUUGAGAGUCCCUCUGUUGUAGUUCACCUGUUAUCAGUGAUGAACUGAAUCCCAACCAUACAAUUGUGAGAAACAGUUUGUGAUUUAGGAUUUAAAACAGAGCUGGAAGACAGGGCAGCGCUGGAUUCAGGUUCAUGUUCUGUGAUGCGCCUGUGGGACUUGGGGCAAAUGAUUUAACUUGGUGCACCGUUCCCAGGUAUAAUGAUUCUUUACCUACCUUGCAAGGAUGUUGUGAAGAAUAAUUAGCUAGUAUAUACAAAACUUUGAAGAUACAUUUACUUUGUAGGGUUAACAUAAGGAUAUGUUCUUAUGUGGGGGAAUUUAAUAAUUCUGAUCUUGUUCACAUUAGCAAGAAAAGCCCUUAUUUAAAAAUACGUCUGUAUAGUGAGUGCAGUCUGUCAUGUAGAGGACAGCCAGUGUUUCUGGUAGGAACAGAAGGUAACAGGUUUGAAUGUGUUAUACUUCUGAUGCUCAUCCUCAUGUCACAGUUGGGUACUUUGAGUCGUUCGUGGUUUAUUUUGUGGUUGUCUUUUUCUUUUAUCACUUUGUUGUUUGUGGUUGUCUUUUUCUUUUAUCACUUUGUUGUAUUUGUAAAGUAAGUAGAGGGUCUUUUUUUUCCUUUUCCAGCAGAAAGUGCUACUGAAAUAAAGGAGGAUUGGAUUGUUAAA